AUGCAGUCAUCUAGAUUAUUUAGAUCUGCUUUGUCUCUGCGUGCUACUUGCUGUCUCCCAUCAAACUUGAUAGCACCUGCAGCUUCCCCUCGUGCAGCUAUCUCACACAUCCCUUCCAGAUCUUACGCCUCCAAGAACGACGACAACAACAGCAACACAGAUAGACUCAAAGGCCCCGUCUCCUCGCCCAACAUGCUCCAAUCCGUGAAGAACACCAUUGCUGAGAACCUUGGUGCAACCUACAUCCCAGGCGCUCACACCCUCGCCCCAGCCGACCAACGAUUCUCCCUAGACCAAGUCCCCGACCUAUCUGGCAAAGUCGCCCUCGUAACCGGCGGCUCAGAGGGCAUCGGCUACGGCUGCACACAUACCCUACUCACCCACAACAUCUCCAAACUCUUCAUCAUCUCGCAAAGCCCCGACGUCAUCUCCGACGCCAUCUCUGCCAUCUCAUCCGAACUCGGCCAAGACAAAGCCAGCCGCGUAGUCUGGUUACAAUGCGACCUCUCCGACUGGGAACAAACCGGCCGCACAGCCUUGACCAUUGCAAAACAAACCAAUCGCCUGGACAUUGUCAUCAACAACGCCGGCCGUGGCAUCAUGACCUACCAACUCGCCAAGAAUGGAAUCGACUUGCACAUGGCCACCAACCACUUCGGCCACGUAGUUUUAACCUCGCACCUGCUCCCGCUGCUCAAAACCACCGCCUCAAACGGCCACAAAGUUCGCAUCGUCCAACUCGGCUCCAACCUGCACGAACAAGCCCCCUCGGACACCCAGUUCGCCUCCGUCGACGAACUCAACACAGACUACGGCCCACAGCCCCAAUACGGCCGCUCCAAACUCGCCGCCAUCUUGUACGCCAAAUACCUGCAUCGCCAUGUCCACGCCACACAUCCUAACAUCCUGUCUAAUGCCGUCCACCCAGGUAUCGUCGAGACCCGCCAGUCGACGCAGCAUAUCCACGAGGCGUUUCCGCUGCUGGGCUACGGGAUGAGCGUGGGUGCUGCGCCGUUUAAAAAGACGCAGUUUGAGGGCGCUGUGAGUGCCAUGUUUGCGGCGACGAGCACCGAGCACAGCGGGCUGUAUGUGUGUCCGCCUGCGAUUGUGGAGGAGGGGAGUGCAAAGGCGAAUGAUGUGGAGUUGGGAGAGAGGCUGAUGGAGUUGACGGUUAGGGUUGUGAAGGAGAAGACUAAGAGCCAGAGUGUGGACAAGGGGUGUCCGUUUGCUCUGUCGUAG